UGUCGGCGACACACGCAGUGUCCCAGACUUGACCAGGCUAAAUUAUCAAACCAUUUAAGCGUGAGGUGUUUUACAUCGCAGAUCGAUAUCUCAUCAGAAUCCACUUGGUGAGUAUACAUGCGUCUUUAUGUUUUUGCUCAGUUUUAGUCGAAACUACGUUAUGAAAUUUAAUUCAGACUUUGUUAUAACAAUAUGGAUGGAUAUCUCGUACUCAAUUUGUGUACGUUUAUUAUGGUGUUAUACACCUUUAUACAGUAGAUGCUAGAAGGCUUGUCAUGCCAGACAGUGUCGUCUGCUGGGUAUUUGUGGAAAAUGUGAUGACAUCAUAUUUUUAUUUUUAUUUUUAUUUUUUUGACAUGUUUGAUCAUUAACAUCAAACAUGUCAUCUGAAGUAUGCAGGAAUCCCUAUCUGAAGUUACUGAGACUGUAUAUGUGCAACCUUAAAUACCCCACUAGUCAAAGUGUAUUUCCAAAACGCAAUUUCUCCAAGAAAUUUAACAUUUGUGUUUUUUCAUCAGAAAUGAUUGCUUAUGGGUACCCUCGUGUGUAUGUAAAACAGAUUUUUCAUUCAUAGAUUUUAGAUGUGUAUGAAAAUGUGUUUUUUUGCACAAUAUAGGCCUAUCCAUUGUUUAGCUGGAAUGGAAUGUUCUUAUCCUGUACAUUUGAAUGUAAUAUGUGGUUGUCUCACCUAGCUAUCUUAAGAUGAAUGCACUUACUGUAAGUCGCUCUGUAAGAGCAUCUGCUAAAUGACUAAAAUGUCAAAUGUAAAUGUUUUACAUACAGAUCUCAUAUUACUGUAUACAAUAUAUAUAUAUAUAUAUUUAAAUAUUGAUGUCACAAUUGUAUCAUCUGUACAGUUCUUUACUUGUAGUUAUGUGUUACAUUGGACUGUGCAAAACCUAGCAGUAGGCUACUACCUAUUUCUCUGAGUGAGGCAGACAUAUAGCAUUUUUCUCUCUGAAAUGAAACCAUCAAGUGAUAGAUUUUAAACAGAUAUAGUACAUAGGCUAUAUGUCAUUGAACAUCAUGCCAUGAUUAGAUAGUGAGAAAACACACAAAUCUCUUUCAUCAUUUAUUUAAACAACAAAAGCUAAUUUACCCACGAAACUCUUGGCAUGGUCUAAUGGUGCUUUCAAGACAACUGGGGGAAAAAGUUCCCAGUUGUCUUGAACGCACUGAAGUCAGAAGUCGGAGAUAGUUCCCAGUUGUUUUGAACGCGGCAUAAUGUUUCCCUCUUACCCCCUCUGUCUUAUAAGGUGCCCAUAUCGCAUAUCAUAAUGUUGAAGUCGGAUUUCCCUCCAGCCUAUGAAGAUGCAUUACAUGGCCGCAGGCCCGGGUAUGGGAACUACCCACAGCCCCCACCAGCAUAUGGACCAUACCCUGCUCAGUCCUCAGCUCAAUACCCAGGACAAGCAGGGUACCCUCUGGGCUACCCUCCAUCUGGGAUGCCUUAUUCCAUUCCUCUAGGAAUGCCCACCUCCAACCCAGGUUCUGGAGCUAUUUACUGUACAGUAUAAUAUAUUACAUAUUAUGUAACAGAAUAUAACAAAUAUAUACUGUUAAUAUCUGAAGUUUGUCAAAAUAGUUUUACUUGGUCAUUAUUGACUUCAUGUCUUAACUUCAUGUAUUUCUUUAAUGCAGUGGAAGACGAUGAAUUUGCAUAUUCUACUGCAUGGGAAAGCACUUCUAUUCGACAUGCAUUCAUCCGAAAAGUAUGAGAUCUUAUACCUUUUACACAUCAACGUCCUAAUCACUCAGUCUACUUAUACUUGCUGUGAUCAUGAAAGAAUUCACCCUUUUUGUGUUGGGACAGGUGUACUUAAUUUUGGCUGCUCAGCUCAUCGUCACUGUAUCAAUUGUGGCUGUGUUUACAUUUGUGUAAGUGUCAACAAUGUUACAUUGUAUUAUCUCUGUUGUACCAUUUCAUAUCAAUGUGAGCUCUUUUCCGUUUGUGUUUUCUGUUUGUGUAAUGCUAACGUUUGAGCAUUUCAUCUAUAUUACAGUGAUGAAGUACGUGCGUUUGUCAUUAGGAACCCAGCCGUGUACUGGACAUCAUUGUAAGUACUUCAUAUUCCAUUAAGGUUCCUUACUACAUGUAUUACUCAUUCAUUAUUACUGAAUUAUAUAUUAUAAUAAAACAUGAGCAAUAUUUUUGACCUAUCAUACUAAUAGCUUGUUUUUCUUCCAGCGCUGUUUAUUUAGUCACUUACUGCAUUCUUGUCUGCUGCAAAGGGCCAAGGUAAGAUUAUCCAUGCCCUUUUUAUACUGUGUAUACAACAGUACACACCGUUAAACAUCAGAUAAUGACAUUUAUCUUUUGAUCUUAAUAAUCUUUGUUUAGGAGACGCUUUCCUUGGAACUUUGUGCUGCUGGCCAUUUUUGUAAGUAACGCUUGCAAAAAAAGAAUCUCUAUAUCCUAUCUUAACACAUAAUGGAACUAGAUCUAUAGUAUAUAUACAGUGAGGGAAAAAAGUAUUUGAUCCCCUGCUGAUUUUGUACGUUUGCCCACUGACAAAGAAAUGAUCUGUCUAUAAUUUUAAUGGUAGGUUUAUUUGAACAGUGAGAGACAGAAUAACAACAAAAAAAUCCAGAUAAAUGCAUGUCAAAAAUAUUAUAAAUUGAUUUGCAUUUUAAUGAGGGAAAUAAGUAUUUGACCCCCCUCUCAAUCAGAAAGAUUUCUGGCUCCCAAUGUCUUUUAUACAGGUAACAAACUGAGAUUAGGAGCACACUCUUAAAGGGAGUGCUCCUAAUCUCAGCUUGUUACCUGUAUAAAAGACACAUGUCCACAGAAGCAAUCAAUCAAUCAGAUUCCAAACUCUCCACCAUGGCCAAGACUAAAGAGCUCUCCAAGGAUGUCAGGGACAAGAUUGUAGACCUACACAAGGCUGGAAUGGGCUACAAGACCAUCGCCAAGCAGUUUGGUGAGAAGGUGACAACAGUUGGUGCGAUUAUUCGCAAAUGGAAGAAACACAAAAGAACUGUCAAUCUCCCUUCGGCCUGGGGCUCCAUGUAAGAUCUCACCUCGUGGAGUUGCAAUGAUCAUGAGAACGGUGAGGAAUCAGCCCAGAACUACACGGGAGGAUCUUGUCAAUGAUCUCAAGGCAGCUGGGACCAUAGUCACCAAGAAAACAAUUGGUAACACACUACGCCGUCAAGGACUGAAAUCCUGCAGCGCCCGCAAGGUCCCCCUGCUCAAGAAAGCACAUAUACAGGCCCGUCUGAAGUUUGCCAAUGAACAUCUGAAUGAUUCAGAGGAGAACUGGGUGAAAGUGUUGUGGUCAGAUGAGACCAAAAUCGAGCUUUUUGGCAUCAACUCAACUCGCCGUGUUUGGAGGAGGAGGAAUGCUGCCUAUGACCCCAAGAACACCAUCCCCACCGUCAAACAUGGAGGUGGAAACAUUAUACUUUGGUGGUGUUUUUCUGCUAAGGGGACAGGACAACUUCACCGCAUCAAAGGGACGAUGGACGGGGCCAUGUACCGUCAAAUCUUGGGUGAGAACCUCCUUCCCUCAGCCAGGGCAUUGAAAAUGGGUCGUGGAUGGGUAUUCCAGCAUGACAAUGACCCAAAACUCACGACCAAGGCAACAAAGGAGUGGCUCAAGAAGAAGCACAUUAAGGUCCUGGAGUGGCCUAGCCAGUCUCCAGACCUUAAUCCCAUAGAAAAUCUGUGGAGGGAGCUGAAGGUUCGAGUUGCCAAACGUCAGCCUCGAAACCUUAAUGACUUGGAGAAGAUCUGCAAAGAGGAGUGGGACAAAAUCCCUCCUGAGAUGUCUGCAAACCUGGUGGCCAACUACAAGAAACGUCUGACCUCUGUGAUUGCCAACAAGGGUUUUCCCACCAAGUACUAAGUCAUGUUUUGCAGAGGGGUCAAAUACUUAUUUCCCUCAUUAAAAUGCAAAUCAAUUUAUAAUAUUUUUGACAUGCAUUUAUCUGGAUUUUUUUGUUGUUAUUCUGUCUCUCACUGUUCAAAUAAACCUACCAUUAAAAUUAUAGACUGAUCAUGUCUUUGUCAGUGGGCAAACAUACAAAAUCAGCAGGGGAUCAAAUACUUUUUUUGCUCACUGUAUGUUAUGAUUGUAUUGUUUUAUAUUUCAUAUUUUAGACACUGGCCAUGUCCUACAUGACAGGAACAAUAUCAAGGUUUGUUAUAGAAUUUUCAUAUAUUGUUUUCUUUUCUUUUACAUAAUACAACUAGAAAUACUAAUGUAAGGUGCAGUUUGUUUGUUUUGUGACUGUCUACUUUGUAUUUCUUGCAGUUACUAUGACACAAAAGCAGUGUUUCUGACCAUUGGAAUAACAGCAAUAGUGUGCAUAAUUGUCACCAUCUUCUGCUUUCAAACUAAGGUACAUGUAUAACAUCCUGCCUCUUUAGAACCUACAGCCUGUAGCUUGUGAGAGUCUUUGUUGUCAGUGUCAAAUGACUCCUUUGUAUAGGAUUACAAUGGGCGACUGUCUUUUAAAUAUUCAUGACAUUUUGUGCAAUUCCUCCUUAUGAAACCGAUUGUCAAAAUAAAUAGCAUACAUUGAUUCCCUGGGCUUGUUGUGCUGUUACACAUUCCAUGGUUGUGUUCAUUUUUGUAGACCUUUCAUAUCAAGUUAGUUCAUUGCCCAUUCAUGUGCCAUCCUAUGAAACAUUCCAACUAUUGGGUCAUUGUUGUACCUUAAUGAUUGUCGUAUGACCAAUGUUGUGAAGAACAUGUAUGUCUAUGCUUAUGACAGGUGGAUUUUACGUCUUGUGGGGGACUUUUCAGUAUUCUUGCCAUCGUACUCUUGGUUACUGGGAUCAUCACAGCCAUCGUACUAUCCUUCAAAUAUGUAAGUGCCUCAGUUUGGUCAAAAGUUGAAUUACUUCAAAAAGCUUUAAUAGUAAUACGCAUGCAUUUUGAUUGAUUACAAAUCGGAGAAAUGUAGGCCUAUACAUACAAAAGGUCCUGUGUUUUCUUCCACUCACAGGUCCCAUGGCUUCAUAUGCUCUAUGCUGCUAUCGGAGCUGUCAUUUACACCCUGGUGAGUUGGUUUUUUCUUGAACAGCCUCAGUAUAUCAAAGGGAAUAGGAGAAUGGUGACUUUCUUCAUGUCUCUUGAACCAACCUGUACGUAUGAAAUGAACCAUUUUUAUUUUGUAGUUUUUAGCAUACAACACCCAGCUUCUCAUCGGAAACCGCAAGCUUUCCAUCGGCCCAGAGGAGUAUGUUUUUGGAGCACUUUCACUUUAUGUUGACAUUGUCCAGAUCUUCAUUUUCCUCCUACAACUAGUUGGGGCUUCCACAGAU